CGCCGUGCGCUCCGGCCGCGGGGCGGGGCGCGGCGUUCCCCUCCCGUCAAGCACGGCGCGCCCGGCGGCAGCAUGGCGGAGCGAAAGGGGACGGCGAAGGUCGGCUUCCUGAAGAGAAUCGAGAAGGAGAUCCAGCAGAAGUGGGACGAUGAGCGAGUCUUUGAGACCAGCGCUGCGGACGGGCACAAUCCUAAGAGUAAAGGGAAGUACUUUGUUACUUUUCCUUACCCCUACAUGAACGGCCGACUUCACCUGGGACACACGUUUUCUUUAUCCAAAUGUGAGUUUGCAGUUGGAUAUCAGAGGCUCAAGGGGAAGAACUGUUUGUUCCCAUUUGGUCUGCACUGCACUGGGAUGCCCAUAAAGGCUUGUGCAGAUAAACUCAAAAGAGAAAUGGAGCUGUAUGGCUGCCCACCUGAAUUUCCUGAUGAGGAGGAAGAGGAGGAAGAAAACUCUGCUAGAAAAGAUGAAGAGAUUAUCAUCAAAGAUAAAGCAAAAGGAAAAAAGAGUAAAGCUGCUGCCAAGACUGGUUCUUCCAAAUACCAGUGGGGAAUCAUGAAGUCUUUGGGUCUGUCGGAUGAAGAAGUGGUCAGUUUCUCUGAAGCUGAGCACUGGCUGGAUUAUUUUCCCCCCCUUGCUGUCCAGGACCUGAAAAGUAUGGGAUUAAAGGUGGACUGGAGGCGUUCCUUCAUCACCACAGAUGUUAAUCCGUACUACGAUUCCUUUGUGCGAUGGCAGUUCCUAACAUUAAAAGAAAGAAAUAAGAUUAAGUUUGGGAAACGGUACACAAUUUAUUCUCCAAAAGAUGGGCAGCCUUGCAUGGAUCAUGACAGGCAAACAGGAGAGGGUGUUGGACCUCAAGAAUACACUCUAAUAAAAAUGAGGGUGUUAGAUCCUUAUCCAGCAAAGCUAAGUGGCCUGAGAGGAAAAAAUAUCUUCUUGGUGGCUGCGACGCUCAGACCAGAGACCAUGUUUGGGCAGACCAACUGCUGGGUUCGCCCAGAUAUGAAAUACAUUGGCUUUGAAACUCUGAAUGGGGAUAUCUUUAUCUGCACCCAAAGAGCUGCCAGGAACAUGUCCUACCAGGGCUUUACGAAAGACAGUGGAGUUGUACCUGUUGUGAAGGAACUGAUGGGAGAAGAGAUUCUUGGUGCUGCACUUUCUGCACCUCUCACCAGCUACAAAGUUGUGUAUGCUCUUCCUAUGCUCACAAUCAAGGAAGAUAAAGGAACGGGAGUGGUCACAAGUGUCCCCUCUGAUUCUCCAGAUGACAUUGCAGCCCUGAGAGAUCUGAAAAAAAAACAGGCUCUCAGAGGGAAGUAUGGUAUCAGAGAUGAAAUGGUCCUGCCGUUUGAACCGGUGCCCAUCAUUGAAAUCCCAGGUUAUGGCAACCUUUGUGCUCCAUUCGUCUGUGAUGAGCUCAAAAUCCAGAGCCAGAAUGACAGAGAGAAACUUGCUGAGGCCAAGGAGAGAGUAUACCUUAAAGCAUUUUAUGAAGGAGUAAUGUUGGUGGAUGGAUUUAAAGGACAAAAAGUUCAAGAUGUCAAGAAACAUAUACAGAAGAUGAUGGUGGAUAAUGAUGAAGCCAUGAUUUAUAUGGAACCUGAGAAACAAGUGAUAUCAAGGUCUGCUGAUGAAUGUGUUGUGGCCCUUUGUGACCAGUGGUACUUAGAUUAUGGUGAAGUGGAGUGGAAGAAACAGGCAUCGGAGUGCUUGAAACAGCUGGAGACGUUUUGUGAAGAGACUAGGAGAAAUUUCGAAGCUACUUUGGGCUGGCUACAGGAGCAUGCGUGCUCCAGGACAUAUGGCUUAGGUACCCGUUUGCCUUGGGAUGAGCAGUGGCUGAUUGAGUCUCUCUCAGACUCCACCAUUUACAUGGCCUAUUACACAGUAGCUCACCUGUUACAGGGAGGUAACCUGAGAGGUCAGGGAGAAUCUCCUCUAGGCAUCAGAGCGAAUCAAAUGAGCAAAGAAGUUUGGGAUUACAUCUUCUUCAAGGAAGCUCCAUUUCCUAAAACAGAGAUUCCAAAAGAGAAGUUGGACAAGCUAAAGGAAGAGUUUGAGUUUUGGUAUCCUGUGGAUCUCAGAGUAUCUGGCAAAGAUCUUGUUCCAAAUCACCUGUCGUACUACCUCUAUAACCAUGUGGCAAUGUGGUCGGAUCAGAGAGAAAAAUGGCCAGUCGCUGUUAGAGCAAAUGGACACCUCCUUCUCAAUUCUGAAAAGAUGUCUAAAUCUACGGGCAACUUCCUUACCCUAACUCAAGCUUUGGACAAGUUUUCUGCAGAUGGAAUGCGUUUAGCCUUGGCUGAUGCUGGGGACACUGUUGAAGAUGCCAACUUUGUGGAAGCCAUGGCUGAUGCUGGGAUUCUUCGUCUCUACACAUGGGUGGAGUGGGUAAAGGAGAUGAUUGCAAACAGAGACAGUUUAAGAAGUGGUCCUGCCAACACCUUCAAUGACAGAGUCUUUGCCAGUGAAAUGAAUGCAGGCAUAAAGAAAACAGACCAGAAUUAUGAGAAGAUGUUGUUUAAGGAGGCUCUGAAGACUGGCUUCUUUGAAUUUCAGGCAGCAAAAGAUAAAUACCGUGAGCUGGCGAUAGAAGGGAUGCACAGAGAGCUGGUGUUCCGCUUCAUUGAAGUUCAGACUCUGCUCUUGGCUCCUAUCUGCCCCCACCUGUGUGAGCACAUCUGGUCACUGCUGGGAAAGCCUGAUUCCAUCAUGAAAGCCUCCUGGCCAGAAGCUGGCCCUGUGGAUGAGAUCUUAAUUGGCUCUUCUCAGUACCUCAUGGAAGCAGCUCAUGAUCUGCGACUGCGUCUCAAGGGCUACAUGGCACCUGUGAAAGGAAAGAAAGGUGCUAAAGAACCUUCCCAGAAGCCUUCUCACUGCACCAUCUACGUAGCCAAGAGCUACCCUCCAUGGCAGCACACCACCCUGUUGGUUCUGCGCCAGCACUACCAGGUCACUGGAGGUCAACUGCCAGACAAUAAGGUAAUUGCCAGUGAGCUUAAUGCCCUGCCAGAGCUGAAGAAGUACAUGAAGAAGGUCAUGCCUUUUGUUGCCAUGAUUAAGGAAAACCUGGAGAAGAAUGGCUCCCGUGUUCUUGAUCUAGAGCUGGAAUUCGACGAACGGGCAGUGCUCAUGGAGAAUAUUGUCUAUCUGACAAAUUCCCUGGAGCUGGAUCACAUUGAAGUGAAGUUUGCUUCUGAAGCAGAAGAUAAAAUAAGAGAAGAGUGCUGUCCUGGAAAACCAUUCUCUGUAUUCAGAACUGAGCCCAGUGUGUCUGUGUUUUUAGUGAACCCUCAACCAUCAAAUGGCCACUUCUCUACAAAAAUUGAGAUUAGGCAAGGAGACAAUACAGAGACUGUGAUCAGGCGCUUAAUGAAGAUGGACAGAGGCAUCAAAGAUCUCUCUAAAGUGAAGCUGAUGAGGUUUGAUGAUCCAAUUCUUGGGCCUCGCCGUGUUCCAGUCCUCGGCAAAGAAGAAGCAGACAAAACUGCUAUUCCAGAGCAGGCAGUUUUCCACAUCGACCUGGCUGAGAAACGUGUGUGCGUCACAGAGAGCGGCCUGAUGAGGGACAUAGGUGACACCAUUGUGUAUCUGGUUCAUUGAACUGCCUUGUGCAGCUUCAUCCCUGGCUGAGAGAGCUCGUGGAGUGACUUUGAGAGUAUUUGUGACAAAGAUGUGAAUUUGUUCUUCAAAAAAAAAAAAGCCCCCCCACAGAAAAUGCACCUUUUUUGCAUGCAAACUUAUCUCUACUCUUUAAAAUGUGGAUAUAAGGAAAUUAUUUUCCUUUGGACCUUUGGGUUUUUUGGAAAUAAACAAUUUUU